CAUUUUGGUGUAAAUUCAAUUAAAAUGUUGUUACUUGAAAAAAAGUAAUGGCUGCUCCUCUAGAAAUUGAUGCGCGCGCGCUCAGUGUUCCAUGUUUCUAAACAUGGCAGGUCGCAGUGGUUUCGACGAUGGAAAUCCUAGGGACUUCGGCGGAGGCCGAAGGACAGCGGGCGGGCGCCCGCUUCCCACCGAGCCACCAUACAAGGCAUACGUUGGAAACUUACCCGGUGAUAUCAUUCAAGGAGAUAUUAACAGAAUUUUUCCCAAUCUAUCCAUUAAAAAUGUGCGAUUAGUGAUGGACAAAGAAACAGACAGAUUCAAAGGGUUCUGCUAUGUAGAAUUUGAAUACCUUGAUGACUUGAUCAAAGCCAUUGAAAUGAAUGGUCUUCUCAAUGUGGACGGAAAUUACAUAAAAAUUGAUGUGGCAGAGGAAAAACGAAAUGAUCGAGGGGGCGGCGGUUUCGACCGCGGCCGACGGGACGGUGGGCGCGGGCGUGACGGCGGCGGCCGCGACGGCUUCCGGCGGGACGGCGGCCGCGGUAUGUACGACCACUUCGACGCCGAGCGCCGCGCGCCCCGGCACCAGGGUGGAGGGUUUCCUCAUGAUCGCGAGCGCGGCGGGGGCGGGGGCGGGGGGGGCGGCAACGACCGGUGGAGCGGCGACGUGCGCGCCGAGUCGCGCGGCUCGCGCGGCCCGUCCGAGGAGCCGCGCGCGCAGGACUGGGGCCGCAUGGGCGCGCGCCCGGCGCCCGUCGCCGGCGCCCGCCCCGGCGCCGGCGCGGGGCCCGGCGGACCCGGCGGCGUCGGCGGAGCCCCGCCCCGGCGCAACUUCGAUGACAUGCCCAACUCCCGCCCGGAUACAACGGGGCGACCGAAGCUGAAGCUGCAGCCACGAACGGUGACGGAACCGGUGAAUUCGCUGGCGUCCACGUCGCAAGCGUCGUCCAUCUUCGGCGGCGCGCGCCCCCGCGAGGAGCGGCUCAAGGAGCUCUCCAACGAGUAACGUGUGUCUGUACCCCCCGAGAUGUCUG